AUGUUGGCUCGUCGAGUUUUUAUUUUCUCUACAAUUGUGGGAAUCGCCUUUGCUGUUCAAUGUUACAGUGGUGAGUAAAACUUGGAAGUAGAAGAAAAAUCAAGGGCUUUUAAAAAAUUAGGAAACAUUUUCGAAUUUCUAUGAAAUUUGAAAGCGAGUUUUGAGGUCUGAUGAUUUUAGGAGUCUCCAAAAUUCUAGUCAGCGAAAAUUGAAGGUAAUACAGAUGUUUAGAAAACAAUUUAUGAAAUCAUAAAUGUUUGAAAAUAAAUUUACAUUUAAUUUUAUUUUAAAAAAAUCAAAAGUUUUACUGAAGUUUUAUCAACACAUUCAAAAUUCUUCCAAUUCCUGUUCUCUAAAAUAAUUCUCAAUUCAAAAAUCUUUCUUACAUUUAAUCUUCACUGAUUCCAGGAAUGCAAGGUUCAAUAAAUGGUGAUUCAAUUGGUCAAAUCGAAUUGUUGGAUUGUAAUGGAACAGAUUACUGUAUCAAGUAAGUUGAUCAUAAUUAGAAAAACAACAAAUUAUCUCUAAUGAGCAGAUAAUCUUGUAUUUAAACGCUGUUUGACUUCUUAAAUCAUAAGGCACCACGAAUAGUUUGCACGUCGUAUUAACAAAUGAAAAACAAGACAAAUAUGUAUAUAGAAAUAAAUAAUUUUGUAUAUGUAUUUAUGUACAAAGGUUUAGGGGAAAUUGGAUUUUUCGUGGGAAAUUAAGUAAAAUGUGGAGUUUUGUAUGAGGAGAACAAGAGUUUGGAAAUUUUGAAGAGUCAAGUUUUAGGCUUGAACUUUAGGCUUAUCUACUUCAGCCCUAUGAGCUUAAGGCCUAUAGACUUCAGACUUCCUCACUUAUUUUCCGGCUUCGAAGUUCAGGUGGACUCUGUGCCCAGCCACAAUUCAAAAUCAAAAUUCUUGGUCUGAUUUCCAGAAAACCUGCUUUCAGUUUCGAUAGCCUCUAGUUACAGUUUUCUUAUGGCUCAUUCAAAAAAUUUUGAGAAAAACCUUUUUCUUUGUAAAAAAAACCUAUGAGUAACACCUAUCAUGCAAUAUUAUUCAUAAAGAAAGCAUUUUUUCUUGAAAAAUAUUGUGUGACUAUAGCUCCGUGACUUGUUCCAAAUACAAAAAAAAUGUUCUGGAAUAUUUCUUUUCGUGCAAGGGUGUGUCAUUUAGUUUUCAGAGAAAAACAUGGACUUUCGUACUAUGUAUAUAUACCAAAAAACCUGUUUUUUCAUCUCUGCAAAAUCGCGUUUUUUUUCCACCAUCUCCUAGGUUUUUUAUAUGAAAAUAAUAUGAAAAACAUCUGCCGAUAGAAGUGAAAUUUCAGAAAAAGAAAGAAAAAUCACCUGUUUUUCAGAAGUUCAAAAAAAUUGAAUUUUCAGGUUGAUUUGAAAGCGAGAAAAAAGAAAAUAUAUAUAUAAAAAACAUGUCUGGAAAAAUGGAGAAAGAUCGUUGAGCAAACUUAUUUUGGAAAAUAAAAUGAGUAUAUCAAGAAACUAGUUGAGAAGAGCCAGGGCUAAUAAUUAUACUGAAGUUCAAAAACAUUGCUUCAGAAGUUUCAGCUUCAGUUGAUUUUGAAAUUUAUGUAAAUUCUUUCCAAAAAAUAAUUCUGACAGCUAGAAAAUCUACUUCAAGAUCUUGAUAUUCAUCUCAAAUUUCAGAUUGCCUUCAACCGGAAGCGUGGGCCGAAAAUAUUAUGAAGGAGCACAAUACAGCUGCGAUUUUGGAGAGUGUCAUGUUAGUCAAAGUCAUUUUUGUUUUCAGCUAAUCUAAUCAAUACUCUUUUUUUCAGAGAGAAGGAUGUGAAAAACGCUCAAAUGGUGAAAUAAUGUGUUGCUGUAAAGAGGAUCAAUGCAAUUUCCAAAACCAAAAGUUGUAUUUCAGUUGUGCUCUUUUCAUUUCUGUUAUUUAUUUUUUCAAGUUGUUUAUCAAUUAA